AUGACAAAUUGGACUGUUUCAGAACUACGUAUCCAUAUAAUGGAUGACGAGCCAACGUCGUCAUCACGUCGCGGCGGCAGAUCGUCGACGACAUCGCGACGGAUGUGCGGCUCGGCUGACUCGACGGCGAGCGACAGCGACACGGCUGACGAUGCGCCAUUGCUGCACGAUGGCGGUAACGGCGCCGGUGGUAGUGGUGGUGAUGUCAGCAUGAGCCAACCGGUCCGGAUCGAAAUGCCACCCGGUGAGAAACCCGCCUCACCGCAUGACCGAUUCCCGAAGGAACGAGCGAAAGCAGUGAUCUCGUUCCUUCUGCUAGCAAUUGCGGCGGUUCUCAAUGAAGUGGUGUUAUCAUUUGUACACGAACGGGUUCCUGAAACACCACCGCUACCGGAUCUCACUUUUUCCAUAAUACCGUACUAUCAAGACGGUCUAAAAAUCUGCGAAUAUAUCAUGUUGGCGUCAUUCGCCUCUGUUUUGCUACUGAUGUUGUUCCACCGACAUCGUUGGAUAAUGUUCCGUCGAUUGAUGAUGGUCGGUUCGUUACUGUAUUUAAUGCGAUGCAUCACUAUGAUCGUUACACAAGUUCCAGUAGCUGAUCCAAAUUUCUUAUGUUCACCAAAACUUGUAUUGAAAAACGAUUUCAUAGUUUUCUUCCUAAACGCGUCAGUUCUACAUUUGGAGAACUUUAAAGCUUGA